CCCUCCUUUCCUCUCUCUCUCCCCUCUCCUCCUCUCCUCUACCCUCCUCUCUCCUCCUCGGUGGGCGGGUCUCUUUUCUCUCUCGGAUGUAGAUCAGAUGGUUCGGGCUGCAGCGGACUGAUCUGCAGUCAGACAUGGAGGUGUGUGAAGCUCUCUGUCAGCAGGAUCGACUGCAGCUCCUCUCUGAGAAGAGGAAGUGGCAGACUGAGAUGGAGAACAAGAAGCGUCAGCUGGAGGACGACAGGCGAGCGCUGCAGCACCUGAAGUCGAAGGCUCUGAGGGAGCGCUGGCUGCUGGAUGGAGCGCCAUCUUCUGGACCAGAACAGGAUGAAGUGAAGAGACAGCUGGAGCAGGAUGAGGCCAAGACCAGGAGCCUGGAGGAGACCAUCAACAGGUUGGAGCAGGAACUGGUCAGUCUGGAAACUGGAGGCGUGUGUGAGACCAUAACACACACCACUGUGUCACCAGGUUCAGUUCAAGCAGAGGUCAAAGGUCACAGCAGCCGUCAGCAGGACAGAGCUCCAGCUUCAGGUCAGACAGUCCAAGCAAUGUACUCGGUGGAGAUUAAAGUAGAGCGGGACAGAAUGACGGGGGAAACCAGGGUUCUGUCCACUAACACCACACUUCCUGUUGACCUUUCACACCAAGGGGUCAAAGUGUACGAGGACGAGCAGAAAGUCGUCCACGAGCUGAACGGUGAAGAUGGCGUCCAACUUCUCAGCUUCUCUGAGGUCGAAGAGCUCAUCCACAAAGCCGACGAGGCCUCAAUGAUGUCACAGACUGUCGCCACGGUGACCUCUCUUGUGACAGCGGAAGUCCCGGAGGAGGUGGGCCGCGACCAGCUGCCGCCGGAGCCCCUGCCGGCGGCAGCGGAGUUCACCGGGCUGGAGGCUGAGCCAGACAGCGACCCGGGCCUGGCUGAGGCCAGUGCUGAGAACCCGGUUACCAUGGUGUUCAUGGGAUACCAGAGCGUGGAGGACGAGGACGAGACGAAGAAGGUGCUGGGGCUGCAGGGCACGGUGAAGGCCGAGCUGGUGCUCAUUGACGACCCGGACGGGAAAACGUCAUUGGGCGAAGGAAAGGAAGAGACCGGCGGUGCCCAGACAGCAGCCGGGCCUCCACCCGUCUCAACUGCCCCGCCCUCUUCCACCAAACCUCUGGAGGAAGCGGCAGUGGCGAGUAAUGGGGAGACAGCAGGGGAGUUGGAGGAGGUGAAGGGAGGACCAGUGGAGAUAAAGAAGGAGAAACAUCCAUGUAAGUGCUGCAGCAUCAUGUGAUCCUGCAGGGGGCGCUGCUUUGCAAUAUAAUACGAUAAUAUGGAAAUACAAAGGACAGAGACUUUCUGGGACAGAAACUACAAAAAAGGAACUAAACUCCACCCAUUGCCCUCAGCCCCGCCUCUAACAACAUGACAUCAUUUCCUGUUUCUUCUUUCCUUACUUUUUUCUAUUUCUUCAAGCCUUUUUACUUUUGUACUCCUCGUGUUUCCAGUUGUGAAGCCUUGAUGCAUCUGAUUAGCAUUAGCAUUAGCUUUAGCCGGGCAGUCCUGACAUUUGUGACUUUAACCUCCUUUGUAAGAUCAAUGAUAUCAAACGAUGAAUUAAUUUUAGAGUUGUAUUUAUUUGGUUUUGUAAAUUUCUCCUGCUGCAGAGCUUCACUCGGUGAUUCUGUUUGUUGGAGUCUUUUCAGCUUUUUUGGGCUUUUAUAAAAGAGAAAAUAAAAGUGACCUGACGGGUC